UGCUUGUCAUGAGGGCGUGAAGCUGGCACCAGGAUACUCUGGCAGCUGGGCCCGGAAGCGAGCUGAGGUCUCUGCAGCUGGGGCUGGGUUCCUCGAGGAGCUUGCGUGGAGCAGAGGGAACGUGGCCAGAGCAGCCUUCGGCUGAGGACGGCAGGCCAACACAGAGCCAUGCCUUCUGCGUCUGCCUGCAAUGGAUCGUAGAGAGAUGGAUUUGUACGAGGACUACAAGUCCCCAUUUGAUUUUGACACAGGUGUGAACAAAAGCUAUCUGUACCUGUCUCCUAGUGGGAAUGCGUCUCCACCCGGAUCACCAACCCUCCAGGAACUCGGUCUGCUGAGGACGGACCCUGUACCCGAGGAAGCAGAAGAUGCUGCUGCCAGCAUCAGUGCCACAGAGAACCUGUCCGAGGAGGAGCAAGAAGAGCUGAGGCGGGAACUCGCAAAGGUAGAGGAAGAAAUCCAGACUCUGUCUCAAGUGUUAGCAGCAAAAGAGAAGCACCAGGCCGAGCUCAAGCGGAAGCUGGGGAUCAGCUCGUUGCAGGAGCUGAAGCAGAACAUCGCCAAAGGGUGGCAGGACGUGACGGCGACAUCCGCAUACAAGAAGACCUCUGAAACCUUGUCUCAGGCUGGGCAGAAGGCUUCGGCUGCCUUUUCAUCCGUUGGCUCGGUCAUCACCAAGAAGCUGGAAGACGUAAAAAACUCCCCAACAUUCAAAUCUUUUGAGGAAAAAGUUGAAAACUUAAAGUACAAAGUUGGGGGAACUAAGCCUGCCAGCGGCGAUUUCGGAGAAGUCUUGAAUUCGGCUGCCAGCGCCAGUGCCACUGCUGAGGAGCCUCUUCCGGAGCAAACACAGGAGGGCCUGUGAGCUUCCUCCCUUUGCUGUGCCACCCACUGCCAGAUGCUGCAAGCAAGAUCGAAGCACAUCUUGUCAGCAUUCAUCGCCAUGGAUUUCUACCAGAUGUGCGCUUAUGUAGCUUUACGUAUCUCUCCGACCAAAUAGUCUGUGGGUUACACAAAAGGAAAGGACUUUCACCCCUCUUCUUGGGAACACCCUCUAGCGUGCUUUCGGCCCUUUGUUGAAGAAACACGGAAACACUUGUAGUGAGGACACUUGCUGGAACGAUCUGGGACUGUGCAGGCUCUGUUAGUUGCUUUCUCACUUUAUAAAGAUUGUUCUGGAUGCCAGUUUGCUCUGGCUCCUCUAACAUUUUCUUUUUUUGAAUCUCUGUACAGUUGAUUCGUAGCUGAAGUUGUUCUGAUUUUUCUGAAUCCUGGUUAUUGAAUUUUUCGGUAUUGUUUUCUUUAUCUCCAAGGGAAGAACUACUUGCUGUAAUUAUAUUUUUGGAUAAACACUGUUUUGGUGUAAAGUACAAAUCGCAUUUUAUGUCAUCAGACUAAACAGCUCUGCAUAUGA